AUGCUGCGGAUUCUGGCGACUGGCGCCUUCUGCCUGCUGUGGUACUGCACCACGCUGGUCCUGUGCCCGGCUCUGGUGGUGCUCGUGGUCUUCAAGGCCGUUUUGUCAGCCCUGGUGCCACUGGUGACGAACGACAAGUACAGACUCAUGGCGAGUGCGGAUGCGGCGUGUUGUUUGUCCGGAGUGGAUGCGUCCAAGAACCGACCGGUCAUCUCGGUCUUGCGGUUCAGCGUCUCGAACCACGUCGGUCCAGUCAACAGGUUGGAUGGCACAGAAAUAACAUACAAGGACGAGAAGGACCUUUUACAAAUAUUCAACUCUCAUGUUAAUAAACCUUUUCCGAAGAAAUCCUCGCCUUGGGAAAUUUGCUGGGUUCACAAGACAAAAUCCGGGAUUAACAACAGCAACACAACGGAUUCAUUUUCGAGUUUUCGAUCGAAUGAUGACUUGAAUCGAAAUGCUUGUCAAGAAAAAGAAGAGGAGACCGCAAUUUGGUUCCGCGCUCAUCACUGCCUCGGAGACGGAGUUUCGCUGUGUUUUGCUCUUUUGCCAAAUUUCGUGGAUGACGAACCUUCGUCAAUUUCACGAGGGAAAUCUGCAGAUGUUGCCCCAGUGAUCAAACACUACACCAACAAUAACAACAACAAUUACAAAAGCAACGUGGAUUCCGAAAGCCAGCAAGAUUUUGCGAAGAAAUUUGGCGACGAGCUCCCGGAAUUUCCACCAGCUGGCGUUAUUUGGAUCAAAACAAUUUUCGCAUGGAUUCUCGGCUUUUUUACUGCGCCAAUUGUUUUCCUUAGAUGGAGGACGAAUCCGGACAAAAACCCCAUGCACAAGAAUCGACUUUCCGGCCAAAAAUCCGUGCAUUUCCUUCCGCCGAUUCCGAUUGGGACGAUGAAAACUGUGCGAAAUCUUUUCGGCGGAUUGACCAUCAACGAUAUAGUGUCAACUGCUGCUUCGAGAGCCAUUUGGCGAUACAUAACUCCGGAUUUGCGGCAAAUCACGUCGGAUUCGGCGAGCCAAAAGUAUUCUUUGUCGGACAUGACUGCUGUGUCGCUUUGGACAAAGUUCCCGGAUAACUUUGAAAACAAGUUUGCUUUGUGUCGUUGUAACAUGCCGAGACUGACGAAAUCUUCGGACGUGGUCGGGAGUUUAAUGGCUCGUCGCAGGGAAAUCGACGUGAAUGUGAAAAUUUGGAACCUGGGCUUCCCUUUGUACAUGGCCCAGGUGUUGUUGGUGAAUGCGUUGCCAGCCAGUGUUGCCAAUGCCAUCCUGAGUCCGCCCAAGGGCGUGAGUGUCAACACCAGCAAUGUUCGGGGUCCAAUGAAAAGCCUUCGGGUUCUCGGAAGGGUCAUCAAGCGAAUUUAUGCGUUCCCGCCUCAACUCGGGUCUUCGGGAUUGGGUGUGAUGACAUUUGGUUACAGUGGCAAACUGUUCGUGUCAGUUGUGGCAGAUUCCAGCAAUCUGCGACGCAAAGAAGACCUUGUCACGAUCGCCAAUUAUUUGGAAGAGGAAAUUGCACACCUGGAAGAUGUUCUCGGAAAUCUUGUUGCCCCAGUGGGUCCUCAAGUGUCCAUCAUAAGGAGUUGAUUCCUUCUUUCUUUUUCUUUCUUGUUUUUUUUUUUUACUAAUUCUUCUUGGAAAUUUUGCAAUGUGUAAAUGCAUGGUUUGACGAUGGGAGUGAAAGUUUGGAUUGAGCAAAUAUACGUUUCAGAAUCAUGGACUCGUGGUUGUGGAAGAAGAAGAAAUAGAAAAGAUUCUUCGUGUUCUUUUUUUCAUGGAUAAAAUAUGG